UGGGUGGCUGCGUGGCUGCCUUGUUGGAGUCUGCUGGGCCGGCGCACAGAGGCGGCGGGAGUCCCGGAAUCCUAGCAGCCUCCUGUGACUGCAAAGGGGCAAUGCAGGCAGCGGGGAAAGAGGGGCGCCAGUAGCCCAGGGAUGAAGGAGAAGCUGGCUGCGAUGUUAGGGGCAUUAUUGUUAAAGAGAGUUGCAUGUAUACAGGCAGAGCGGAUUUAUUGACACCUUCCUUAAUGCACUUCUUUCAACUCUUGGUCUUACCUUUCCCCACCUCAACGGUGAGUAGGUGGGAGGCUGUGAGGGGAGUUGAGAACAGACAAUGCAGAAUAUCAUAAUCUCUAAAUAUUCCUUGAAGGCAUCCAUGCCCGAAUGAAUGGCACACUCCUUUUCAGAGUAACGCUUGCUGUUUGUCUGUGGUCUUAUGGUGGAUUUGUUUAAUCAUCUUAGGAUAUUUUUGGCUUCUUUCUUCUCACGUAUGCCUUAUAGCCUGGGUUCUAUUUUCUCUUAAUUUUAUUUUAUUUUUUUCAUUUCCCUGCUGUUGAGAGGUGAUGUGGUUAGAUUGAUAUUUGUUGUACUAGCAAAAUAAAUCAUCAAUCACUUAAGUGUUUGGUUAUUGGGUGAAAGGUGGUCUAGAUUUGAAUGAUAUUAUUUUUAAUUUUUAUAGCAGAAAGCAAAAAAAAUGGGCAUUUUUGAGAAAAAAAAUUAUCCCAUUUCUUAUGGAGUUGAUGGUUAAUGCAUUACUCUGAGUUAGUCUUUGUUGUGGCUGGUAUUUUUGCUGUUGUUAUGAAUUUGCUCUCCUUCUAAACCCAUGCAGCUUAUCAUUUUAGCUUUGUUUAGGUUUGCUGAAGUUGUUUUUCUUCUUCUCACAAUCUUUAAUCCUUUAUGUAUCCCAUAUAUUCUGCCGAAGCAAAUUAUGCACCAAAAUAUUUGAACUGAUGUAGUGAUUUUGAAGCAACAUAGCGAGUAAACUCAUGCAGAGUGGGAAAUAGUAAACAACCUUAUUUACAAACCAGACAAUUUGGGUGCAUUCAGUUUCUAGACAUCAAAUCAAGAUGCCUGCACUGGCAGAGGAUGGAAGAGGAAGAAAAUUUCAAAUUGAAGCUUCCUAUUCCAUAAUCCUCUUAGGCAUUAGCCUAAGGAAUGCACAAUCAAGACCUGAUUUUGUAUUUUGGAAAGCAGGUUUGGAUGUUUGCACCGUUACCAAGAACAGAUUGCCCAAACAACUCUGUUCACACACUUAUGGCUAGGUAUUGGCAAUAUAUGCUCUUGGUGUGGUUUUUACAAAAGCUUCAAGAAAAAUGUCUCCACGAUACGUUAUUGUAGGGAUCAUUUUCCUUACUUCUUUAUAACCUGUAAAGCUUCCUUCUGCAUGUAGGACAAAGUUUAAGCAUCUUAGCGGUCACUGGGUCACUGUCUGGCCCCAGGUUAAUUAUUGCAACCUUAUCUCCACAAAUGUUCCUGCCUUCUGUUCCAACUAGGUCAGCUUCCUGCCGCUCAAAUGUAUUUGUGUGAUUUUGCCUCAUCUUCACUCAAGGUUCUUGGAAUGCAUGAGGUUUUCCAAGAAGCUGGUUCCAUAAUCCAUAGCAGGCUCCUGUUUCUUUGAAUUCCUGGAUACUUAUUGUAGUUGCUACUUAUUUGACAGUGCUGGCUUUGUUUUCUCUUUAUGUUUGUGCCUUGUUCUCCCUGAGGAUAUGAAGAGCCACUUUAAAGACCUUUCCAGAAAUCGUUUUACAGAAAUUCCUUCAGAUGUGUGGUUAUUUGCACCACUUGAAACAUUAAACUUAUAUCAUAAUUGCAUCAAAACCAUUCCUGAAGCCAUUAAGAAUUUGCAGAUGUUAACAUACCUUAACAUCAGUCGAAAUCUUCUGUCAACAUUGCCAAAAUACCUGUUUGACCUUCCUCUUAAAGUUUUGGUUGUCAGCAAUAAUAAACUCGUAUCCAUUCCAGAAGAAAUUGGAAAAUUAAAAGAUUUGAUGGAGUUGGACAUUAGCUGCAAUGAGAUUCAGGUCCUUCCUCAACAAAUGGGAAAAUUACAUUCACUUAAAGAGCUAAAUAUAAGAAGAAAUAAUCUUCAUGUUUUGCCAGAUGAAUUAGGAGAUCUCCCUUUAGUCAAGUUGGAUUUCUCCUGUAAUAAAGUGACUGAAAUUCCUGUUUGCUAUAGGAAGCUGCAUCAUUUACAAGUAAUAAUUUUGGAUAACAAUCCAUUGCAAGUACCACCAGCACAGAUAUGCUUAAAGGGUAAAGUACACAUAUUUAAGUACUUAAAUAUACAAGCUUGUUGUAGAAUGGAUAAGAAACCAGACUCCCUGGAUCUCCCAUCUCUGAAUAAAAGAAUGCCUUCUCAGCCUCUUACAGACAGCAUGGAAGAUUUUUAUCCAAAUAAAAAUCAUGGCCCUGACUCUGGAAUUGGAAGUGAUAAUGGCGAGAAGCGAUUGUCUACAACGGAACCAUCAGAUGAUGACACAAUCAGUCUUCACUCUCAAGUCUCAGAAUCGAAUAGAGAGCAAACAUCAAGAAAUGACAGUCAUAUAACAGGAAGCAAGCCUGAUUCUCAGAAAGACCAGGAGGUGUAUGAUUUUAUUGACCCCAACACGGAAGACGUAGCAGUUCCUGAACAAGGCGAUACACAUAUUGGAUCAUUUGUUUCUUUCCUUAAGGGGAAAGAAAAGUGCUCUGAAAAAUCUCAGAAAAAUGAAGAACCAGCAAAUGAAAAAAAACUUGACAAAGAACAGUUACUUCCAGAGGAAGAAGAUGAUGAUUUGAAAGAAGUAACUGAUUUGAGGAAGAUAGCGGCUCAGUUACUGAAGCAAGAGCAGAAGAACAGUGUCUCAGCAGAUGAAGGAAAUUCACCGUUAUCACCUCUUGCAUGGCAGCCAUUAGAAAAUCAGAAGGAUCAAAUAGUUGAUCAACAAUGGCCAGAAUCUCAGCCUAUAAUCUGGCAAAAUGAAGAGAGGAGACGGAGCAAGCAGCUCAGAAAAGAAUAUUUCAAGUACAAAUCGACAAGGAAGAAUUCAAGCAGCAAUGAGAAUGAGGAGGAAUAUGACAGAUCUGAUGGUUUUUCACAUGGUCCCUUUGGCUUGAAGCCUAGAUCAGCCUUCAGCCGUGCAUCUCGUCAAGAAUAUGGGGCAGCCGAUCCAGGUUUUACAAUGAGAAGAAAGAUGGAGCAUUUAAGGGAAGAGCGGGAACAGAUACGGCAGCUUCGCAAUAAUCUUGAAUCCAGAUUAAAAGUCAUUUUGCCUGAUGACAUAGGAGCCGCACUAAUGGACGGAGUUGUUCUUUGCCAUUUGGCCAAUCACAUAAGGCCACGCUCUGUAGCUAGCAUUCAUGUACCGUCACCUGCAGUGCCCAAGCUGAGCAUGGCAAAAUGUCGAAGAAACGUAGAAAAUUUUCUUGAUGCCUGCAAAAAGUUGGGUGUUUCGCAGGAGAGACUCUGCUUGCCUCACCAUAUUUUGGAAGAGCGAGGUCUUGUGAAAGUUGGUGUCACAGUUCAGGCCCUCCUUGAAUUACCUACUACAAAGGCAUCUCAGCUUUCUAUGGCUUGAUGUAACAUUAAAAACAUUAUACGUGUAUAAUUUCAUGUAUUUGAAAUGCUUUCAGAUAUCUCAAAAUCCUGAAGAAGAAUGUCCAGUAAAAGCAGUUUGCCUUAGGUUUCUUUUGUUUUUUAAAUUUCAAUAAGAUGUCAGAUAUAAAUUCUGCGUUGUCCAAGCAAUUUUUGGAGAAAAAUUGGAUUAAUUUAAUAAGAGUUUUUGAUAAAUUAAAAUUCUUUUAUUUUGUGACUCAGUAACCUUGAUGAAUUUUCAGAAUGCAAAUUGAUACAAAAUUGAAAACAAACUUUCAAUUUAACAAUUACAUUAAGUUGAAUAUUUUUUUUACAUCACUGUAUACUAGUAAACAUCUAGGUAAAGUAAUCAUAUUUUAGGAAAACAAUUCUAUAUUUGAGUUAUUUCAUACACUUCUAGCUUAGACACAACCUCUUCAAUAUUUUGUCUUUGUUUCCUAGCAAAAAUGAGUAGAAAAAUCAAAACCCUGGCAUUAUUCAAUUCUUUUAGUAUUAUCAGUUGGUGCCAAAAUAUUUUCAGUUAUACUGUAGGUUGUUUACAUGUGAAGUGCCUGUGUAAUGAAUCUUGAAUAGUCUUAAGCAUUUUUGCAAUUUCUUUUUAUGUAUUAAUAGAAUCAAUGGAAUUUUUAAAUAUUUUGGUAGGUUUGUAUGGUCAGUCAUAUGUGAGGAUUUAAAUGUGCCUCACAUUGGUGGUUUCUUAGUUAAUCCAUUGCAGUUUCCCUUGAAUUGGUUAUUUCAUGUUGUCAAAAAUGUUAAUAUGCUUAAUUUAUGCUAUUUAAUUUUGCAAAACCAUAAUCAUUGUUUAAAUCACUUUAUCUGAAGAGUAUUUUAUUUCUAUGUUGAGAACGUUACACAAAACAGUAAGGCUUUGGAAAGCAAGGGAAGUAGUAAUUGUCAAGGACGUUUGAUGCAUCUGUUAUGGGUUCAUAGCUCAACUUAGCGGAACAUUCAGUCCAUCAGUGCUGCCUUCCAUAUUCAGAAAGUGGCCAUUAAGAAACAGGUUUUGAUUUAAAAGCUGGCCCUUUCUGGAGCAUGUAUACCUUAUGGUCCUCAAGUAACUUGAUGUUGAAUUAACACAGUCAGGUUCAUAGCAUAGUACGUUCAAUAAAGUCCUUGCUUGAUUUGGAGAUGGAUAAACUUAUGGUGAUACUAGUGCAGGAAUUUUUCCAAAACAUUACUGUGAUGACAAACUCAGUUUCCUCUAGAAGAGCCUUUGUAGUCACUUUUGUAGUAGCCAAGCAAAUAUCAUUUCUUAACUGUGUGAUUAUUUGCACUUAUUACCUCUUAAUAUGGAUGCAACUUAGUAAAAAUGUUGGUCUAGGAUAUUUCGAAGGACAUUUAUAACAUGUAAAAUGUCAUGUGCCAAAUACUAUGGUAAAGAUUGGUUUUAGAACUAAAUCUACUUUUUUUUUGGUCAGGCAUUCUGAAGCCAUACAUUUCGAUCUUGGCUUCGGAGUACAGAUGUGUUUUUACAUUCCCCACAAGUCAAAUUGGAACUAAUAAAGAGUCAAAGCUUUUUAUACUGUAACUUUUAAGAAUUAAAUUAUUAAUAAUUUAUUAUUUAAAUAUUUGAUCAAAUUAGUUAUAACUAAAUAGUUGGAUCUGAAAAUAUCCCCAAUGACAUAAUGAAACUCAUUAGUGAAAAUUUGGAUAACAUAGGUAAUUUAGUAAGUACCUUAGUCGAUGAAUUUUUAACCUUGACAGUUGACAUCAUUACAAAUUUAAAAACUUUUAACAACCAAAACAAUCAUUCUUACUUCUCUUAUGGUUAUUGUGUUAUAGAAUUGCUCUUAUUACUUAAUCUUGUAUUACUUUCCAAGUAGUUUCGUGCUUUCUUAUUAUUGAAAUAGUUGUGAAUUUUUAAACAAUUCUUUUACUACAUUUCACUUGUCAGUUAACUAUUACCUUAAAGAGAAAACACACCAGAACUUUGGUGCUCCUUCUUUAUAACAAAUACGAAUUGUUUUCAAAAUGGGUCUCCUUGAGGUCCUUAGCACAGCAGUUCAACUAUUAGUGUGCCAAAAGGCGAUAAGAACAUCACUUCUAAGGCAGUUUUUCAGCAUAGUCCACAACAACAAAUUUAUACCAAGACCCUGACAUAUUUGUUAGUAGUUGUUAAGUGUAAAUUUUAUGCUAAAUGUUUUUAUGACAUAUAUUUACUUCAUCAAUUAUUGAUUUAAGAAUCAUUAACAUUAUUUGGAUGGUUUUGUGAUUUGAGGAGGAUUGAAUAAUCAAAGAAUAUUUUAUUGGCCCAAAAUAUCAUUAGAUAGCUACUUCUGUUAAACUUUAUGACCAUAUGGCACAAGAAAGAAGUGAUGUUGGAUAUGUUUGAAUUGAAAUGAGUAAAAAUGCAUAACCAUUUGUUUAAUAAUUAUCUUUAUAGAAUGCUAGUUUAAUGACUUUUCUAACUGAAUUUUUGAAGAAUUCAGAAAUGUUUGUAUUAGUCACAGAUUUAUCAUAAUUGAUUUUCUGAUGCAUUUAAAAAUAAAUGGAACACUAAAUGUAUAUUACCGAUGCAAACUGUGGAUAAAAUUGAA